AUGGCGCGCAACCAAGAAAAAGCACAAUCAAUGCUCUACAGAUUUCGCGAAGCUCAAGCCACCUCUCUCGGUCUUUCCCCCAAACCCAACGUACGUCGUCCACGUCUUGCAUCCACUGUAACCUCUCUCAAAGAAGCCGAAAAGUGGCGUGGCGAAGUAAUCCGCGAGAUCUCGCGCAAAGUUAGUAAAAUCCAGGACUUUGGACUCACAGAUUACGAAGUUCGCGAUCUCAACGAUGAAAUCAACAAACUUUUACGGGAGAAAGGACACUGGGAGAAUCAAAUUUUAGCUUUGGGUGGUGCAAAUUAUAAGAGAGGCGUACCGAGUAUCUUAGGGGAUGAAGGGAAGGUGGGUGGAAAGGGAGGAUAUAAGUAUUUUGGUCGGGCGAAGGAUUUACCUGGUGUCAAGGAACUUUUUGAGAGGAGGGGGACGGAGGGGGAGGAAGGGGGAAGGAGGGAAGAUAGAUGGGAGAGGUUUAGGAAUUUGCCGCGUAGUUACUAUGGGGAUGAGGAUGAAGAUGACGGUGUGUUGUUGGAGGAGGAGAGAAAGGAAGAGGAAAGGGAGUGGAGGGAGAGGUAUUUGGCCCUGAUGAUGGGGGUUAAGCGCGAUUUGAGGCGAAGGGAUGCAGGUGUGGGAGAGGAAGAGAUGGAUAUAAGCGAUAAUGAAGAAGAGGGAUCAAACGGAGGGAUCCAAGUUCCGACAAUACCCAGACGCUCACCAAAACCGUGGAAGGAAAGUAUGCAAGCCCUUGCUCAAUCCUACGACUCACAAUACGCACAACCGGAAGAUGCAUCAUCAACGCUAGAAAGCGGAAAACGCCCACAAGAGGAGGAAGUGGAAGAAGAGGGAGGAGGAAAACGUCAAAAAGGUCCCUCUGGUCAAGUUAUCUCCACAACGCAAGCAGAAGCAGCGACAGUAGCGAUGGUAUACUCAAUCUUCAGCGGAGAAGAUCUCCAAGACCCCACCAUCCCCGAUCGGGAAGCGAUCGAGAAGAUGAUCUUGCAAGCAAAGAAACGUCAGUUGAAACAGGAGUAUGUCGGGUCCAGCUGA